UGUGUGGGUGUAUUUGCAUUAGCCUAAGCGGAUUAGCAAAUGGUAGCUGUCCGAAACACUUUCAAAAGCAACACAAAAACCUUUCCCACACAUAUAGUGAGAUAUAGAGACUAACACACACACAGAGAGACAGAGACAGAGACAGAGACAGAGACAGAGAGAAAAAGUAAUCAAAGGUAUAUAAGAACAGAAGAGAACAAAAACAAAAAAACAGUGAACUUGAAAAAAUGAGCGGAUUGGGUCCAGCAGCCUGUUGGCUAGCCCACAAACGUAUCGAAACCUGGUCCCGUAUGGCCAAGGAGCGUGUGGGGGCUGUCCGUCGUGUUACCAUAGAUCGCAAUUCGGCCGAUAGCGCCGAUGGCAGUGCAAAUGGAUUGCAAACCUUGCUAACUGGUGAACUGUCCACAUGUUCGGCCACAGGCUCAUCGACGACACCGCCACCACAGCCAAUGACACCUCCGCCAUCGGCUUCAUCAGUUACGUCGACAACAAGCGGCAUAGGCAGCGUUUCGGCUGGUAGUGUCAGCGAUAGCUGUGAUUUACCUACAGAUUCAGAGGAGGUGAAUAUAGCAAAGGAAUCACAGCCUAUACAACCGGCCAGUCAUGGACUACACGGACUUGUAGGUGGUAGUAAUCAAGCUAUGGCAACAGGAACUGAGAUUUUGCGCGGCCCGGCCGAGGUUUUCCAUAGUCCAUUGCACUUGCAUCAUCAGAGCCGUUCGUUUCCACCGCGUCUGCAGCGCACCCCGUCCAUCUCGAGUCAAAGCAGUGUGGAUAGUGCUCCAUCUAGGCAUUCGGACCUUUUCAUACAGGGACAUCGCGGAUCUUCACCACAAAUACGCACAUUCGGACCGGAUGGAAGAAGUUCUUUGCCCAGUGAGCCGGCUUUCCCCCAUCAUUUGGCCAGAUCUCCGAGUCCCAUGCGCACCAUCUCCUUGGAUGCCCGCUGCGGCAGUCCAGCCUCGGUGGAUGUGGGCGAUAUACGCACUCCAAGUCCUUCGCAAUGCAGUUUGGCCUCGAUAGCUGGUGCCGGAGCUGGAGCCGGAGCCGGAGCUGGUGGUGGUUCCACCAAGGGUGUAGGACGAUGCCUCUCACCUUUGCUUAUACCACCACCACGUACUCAGCCAGGGGUAGACCCAUCCGUGGGUCCAGCUUCGCCGCUGGGAGCUCUUCAACCCGAUCUAUAUCGCAUGCCCGAUGGCCCGGUAUAUCUAACUGCUCCCGAAUCUAGCCAUGCUGUUGGUCGUCUUCAUUUGCGCGUCAAAUACGAUUAUCAUCUAUUCGAUCUCACGGUUCAUCUUAUUGAGGCUCACAAUCUUAGCCCAAUUGAAGAGGGCGGUUUCCGUGAUCCCUAUGUUAGGCUGAUGCUCUUGCCAGAAGUGGAUAGCCGUAAACGUCAGACCCAUAUACAUCGCGGCGAAUCGAAUCCAUACUUUGAUCAGCAUUUCAAGUUCCCAGUUUCACGUGAUCAAUUGCAGGGCAAAGAACUCAUUCUACAGGUUUUGGACUAUGAUCGCUAUUCGCAUAACGAUAUCAUAGGUGAAGUUCGUAUAUCGGUUGACGGUCUGGAUCUAUCGAAAUCGGUUGAGAUUUGGGGAGAUUUAUUGCGCACAAAGAAACCCAAGGAAGAUCGCCCCGAAUUGCUAUGCUCUUUGAACUAUUUACCACAAGCUGAACGUUUAACAAUUGUCAUUAUGAAAGCCAGAAAUUUGGAUACUGUACAGGAACCUUAUGUUAAGAUUUACUUAAUUCAAAAUGGUAAACGCAUUAAGAAGAAGAAGACCAGUAUUACCAAAUCAGAUGAUCCCACCAAUCCCAUUUGGAAUGAAGCAUUCACCUUUAAUUUGCAAUCGAAUUAUCUCCACAAUGCGGCCAUUGAGAUCUAUGUUGUUGGUGCGGGCAGUGAGGCAACGGAAAUUGGCUGCUGUGGCCUGGGCCCACAGGAAAGUGGAACUGGCUGUCAGCAUUGGCACGAUAUGAUUAACAAUGCGCGUAAACCGACGGCAAUGUGGCAUUAUAUCCGUUAAAAUUGGAAAGAGGCGGCAUCCAUUGAAGCUACCAGUUACAUAGUUAUCCGUUUAGCGCGCCCAGCCCCCUCUCCAUGACCACCUUUCCCACUCAACUUAUAUAAUGUGUGUGCUUGUAUGCAUGUGUGUGUGAAUAACAACAA